UAGCAGGCGCAGGUCACCUGCAAGCUAAGGCGGCUCGGGGUCGUCGCCCGUAUCCCAUCGCCGUCCUCCUCUCCUUCCUCUUCCCACUCCCAUUUGGAAUACACUUCCGACUCGGAUUGCGACUCCGAUUCCGACUCCAGGUCCGUCGUCUCCUCCUCCUUCUCUGCCUUCCUCUCGUGGUGCUCGAGGUGCUCCUCCGAGCCGCUAUCCGAGCUCUCCGAAGAGCUGACUUCUGGGUACCACAAGGUCUUCCGCCGGUCAAACUUCACGAAACUGCUGGUGGGCGCGGCUUCCGGGCUCAGGCGCUUCAGGCUGCUCUUGAAGCUCGCGUAGUCGUCCAUUUCCGGCCGCCGCGGAGCUCCGCAGGUGGAGACGCAGAACCAGCUCGUAGCUGCGGGACAAAGGGUGACGCCGAGAGCCGUAGUCAUGGCGGCGCCGGAGCCCAGCCUGGCCGCCCGGAGCCCCGCGGCGCCGCCGCCCGAGCAGCAGGAAGGAGCCGGCGACUGUGCGGACCCCGGGCCCGACUCCGUGAGCUCCGCGGCCCCGGAGCUCCCCGGCUCGGCCGCCGCAGCUUUGGACGCGGCGCUGCAGGCUGAAGCCGCCCCGCGGCCUGGCGUCUCUCGGCCCGGCCCCGAGACGUUUCGCCAGCGUUUCCGGCAGUUCCGCUACCAGGACGCGGCGGGUCCUCGGGAAGCCUUCCGGCAGCUGCGGGAGCUGUCCCGCCAGUGGCUGCGGCCCGACAUCCGCACCAAGGAGCAGAUCGUGGAGAUGCUGGUGCAGGAGCAGCUGCAGGCCAUCCUGCCCGAGGCGGCCCGGGCCCGGCGGCUGCGGCGCCGCGCGGACGUGCGCAUCACUGGCUGAGCGGCGGAACUGGGGGGCUCCUUGGACUGAUACCCUACCCCGAGUUAAUGAAAAGUUGAAUUUUGACAA